UGCAAAUUUUAUUGUAAUAUUUCAGUUGCGUCCCUACUACAACUCUAAUACUGGGUCAUAUGCUCGAUUGUGUGGACUGGAUUAUAAAAAGUGCAAGAAAAGUGAAUUGAAGAAAGAAAGAAGGUGAAGGUGGAUCUCAAUUCAUGCAAUUAUGCAAACCCAAGAUAUUUGUGUUUAGCUAAGAAUUCCACUCAAGGAUAGCUGUUUGAUUAUGAUAUCGAUAAAUCAAACCUCGGUGUUAAGUAAGAUUAUUGAUAUUAAUGGGGAUAUAAAAUAAAAGACAUUUUGGUUAUGCCUUUUUGAACUAUAUACCCGCAAUGUAAGCAUAUAUCCAGGUAGACCUAGUGUUUAUGUAAUGAUAUAAAGGAUUCAAAGCCUAAACACUACCACUUUAUAAUAACCAAAGAAUUCAUUCUUUUUCUUGAAGAAUAUGGUUCUUUUUGCUUUUUUUGUCCACAAAAAGCUCUGGCCUUUCUUAACACUUGAGUAGUACAUUACUCCUUUUUCUACCGCUGAAAAGUGAAAAGGCUCUUGUUUAAGUUGCUUUUAAAUGAGCAAAGGCUCUUGUUUAAGUUAGAUAAGUGUCAAUUAGUAGAAAUUGAGUUGAACCAACAAAACCCACCUCACUAACUCUCCAAUGAUUUCACUGUCAAAGGCUAGCAACUUAUUCACCUACCUACCAUCCACUUAAUCUUGCUUAAGCAAGAGUUACCUAAGCCAAAAAAUAUUUAUUGCCUUGUAGUUGGAUGGUUAGCUAUUGCUGUAGUUAACUAAUAAGAAUUUGUUGAACCAAUCAUUGCUUACCAGACCAAUCAUUUCUACUGUUGUUUUUCUAAUUCAACAAUUGAGUUCAUCAUUCUUAUAAUUAGUACUUAGUACUGUCUAGCAUUUAUAGAGUGCACAAUUGGUGUUUGUAUUUAUGCCUGUGAAAAAAACACAAAUGGGAUUCAGUGCUUGGAGUGAGUGGAGGUGUCAUGGGCAUGUCCCACAUAAAGAUAGAUGAGAAUAAGUAACCAUAUUUAUACUCAACAGCCUUUUGCUCUGCUGCUAUUUUUAAUAGUAGGGUUACUGUAGUUAAUAUGUCCCUUGACUCAAUCUAAGAGCAUUGAUCCUUUAAGAACCUCCUUUUUUUCUCUUUCUUCUGUUUAUAAAUAGAUUCAGGAAACCAUUUUUACUUCUCCUAUGAUCACCUUGGUUCAACUCAUACUAAAUAGAAGCUGGAUUUUGCUCAACCUUUGAUGGCUUUACCUCCAACUCCAACACCUUCACAUCUUUACCCUCAAGCUCUUCAACUCAAACUUUACCAGGCUUUCAUAUUCUCAAUUCCAAUUCUCUUCUCUAUCAUCCUCUUCUUGUUGUUCUACUUGUUCUACCUCAAGAGGAGGGCUUCAACACUCUCUUCUUCACCUCCACCAAUACUUCCAAGAAGUUCCAAUGAAGGCACUCCAUAUGUAGUCUCUGUGGGUUUGAAGGGGGAGCUCAAGAACAAGUUACCAAGUAUCUUAUGUGAUGAAGAAACAAGGACAAGAGAAUCACAGUGUUCUGUGAUCCCCACCAUUAAACUUCUCAACCCGGCACCGCCCCCUCUCAGUGUAGUUCUGCUACCCCAACAAGAUAACCUAAACCAGAACAUCUCAUCACAAGAGCAACAACAGCAAUCAGAGAAUCGACAAGAGGAAGAGGUUCGUGAUAGCUCAAAUUCUGCCGAGUUAUCAAACGAACAUGUGGUAAUACAAAUAGAAAGUUCAUCAAGUUCAACAGAAUGUGUACAGGCAUCCAAAUCAAGAAUCUCUAGUUCUUCAUGAAGAAAAUUCUUGUGUACAUCAAGUUCUGGGAUUAACAAAUGCAAAUGUGAGUUACAGGUGGGUUGCCCCAUCUGAGAAAUUUGAACUAUAUAUAUAGGACUUUCUGCUAGAGUACAUAAAUCAUUUCAUCGAGUUUUCCCUGUUAUUUGAUCAAUGGCUACAAACCAGGUUUGUAACAUUGGCAAUAGAUUACAGUGAAGGUAGAAGAGACCUUCCAAGAGUUCUUUUUCUUUUCCGUGUAAUUUGUUGAAACUGCAUCUGAGGGAAUCCAUGCCCAUUUUUGCUCCUGGAAA